GCAGCAGCGAGAAGAGCACACUGCGGAGACACCCAAGAGAGAGAAAGACUCGUAGAAGAAGCCUGAAGCCAUGGUCGCAGCAGCCACAUCGGCAGCGGCGCCUCACCGGCUCCUCCUCUCCAACAGGUCCUGCUCCCUCUCCAACCUCUCCUCCUUCAAGCUGUGCGCGCUAGACUCCAGGGCGCUCGUCUCACUGAAGAAGAGACAUGUUGGCACCGCGGCAGGAGGGGUGAGGUGCAUGGCGGUGGCGACGGACACGGCUGGGACAGUGAAGAAGAAGACCGGAUACAAUAUCCUGACGCUGACAACAUGGCUGCUGCAGCAGGAGAAGGAUGGGGUGAUCGAUGCCGAGCUGACGAUCGUGCUGUCCAGCAUCUCAAUGGCGUGCAAGCAGAUUGCAUCGCUUGUUCAGCGGGCCGGCAUUUCGAACAUGACAGGGGUUCAGGGGGCCGUCAACAUCCAGGGUGAGGACCAGAAGAAGCUCGACGUCAUCUCCAAUGAGGUGUUCUCAAACUGCCUGAGAUCGAGCGGGAGGACAGGGAUAAUAGCGUCAGAGGAGGAAGACGUGCCAGUGGCCGUGGAGGAGAGCUACUCUGGCAACUACAUUGCGGUGUUCGACCCACUUGACGGGUCGUCCAACAUCGAUGCCGCCGUUUCCACCGGCUCCAUCUUUGGUAUCUAUAGCCCCAAUGACGAGUGCCUAGCUGACAUCGGGGAUGACGACAACCUCGACAAAGCAGAGCAGAGGUGCGUGGUGAACGUGUGCCAGCCUGGGAACAACCUCCUGGCGUCGGGCUACUGCAUGUACUCGAGCUCCAUCAUCUUCGUCCUCACCAUCGGCAAAGGCGUGUACGCCUUCACCCUCGACCCGAUGUAUGGCGAGUUCGUGCUUACCCAGGAAAACAUCCAGAUCCCCAAGGCCGGCAAGAUCUACUCCUUCAACGAGGGCAACUACCAGCUGUGGGACGACAAGCUGAAGAAGUACAUGGACGACCUCAAGGACCCCGGCCCGACUGGCAAGCCGUACUCGGCCCGGUACAUCGGGAGCCUCGUGGGCGACUUCCACCGGACACUGUUGUACGGCGGCAUUUACGGGUACCCGAGGGACAAGAAGAGCAAGAAUGGGAAGCUGAGGCUGCUGUACGAGUGCGCCCCGAUGAGCUUCAUCGCGGAGCAGGCCGGAGGGAAGGGUUCGGACGGUCAUCAGCGGGUGCUGGACAUACAACCCGUCGAGAUUCAUCAGCGAGUGCCGUUGUACAUUGGGAGCGUGGAGGAAGUUGAGAAACUGGAGAAGUACCUUGCUUAGCAAUCGCACUGUACCAGAAGAAGAACAGGGGUAAUUCUUGUCGUAAAAUGACAUUUUCAUGUUGUAGUGAACCCUCACGUUAAAAAUUGUAGAAAUUCAAAUCGAAGUCACACGAUUCCACGCA